AUGUCGUCGUCGUGGAACUCGGUGGGGCUGGCGGUCCUGUACCAGGUGCUGGGCUGGGUCGCCUUCGUCGCGUGGUCCUUCAGCUUCUACCCGCAGGUCCUCCUCAACUACAAGCGCAAGAGUGUUGUGGGCCUGAAUUUCGAUUUUCUGGUGUUGAACUUGACAAAGCAUUCAUCCUACCUCAUAUACAAUGCAGCUCUAUUCUUCAGCCCGUUCAUCCAGCAGCAGUAUCAUGACAAAUAUGGUGACAAAGAGAUGAUUCCUGUUGCCGCAAAUGAUGUUGCUUUUUCACUACAUGCUGUAGCAUUGACAGCCUUUACCGUUUUUCAAGUAUUCAUAUAUGAGCGAGGAACACAGAAAGUCUCCAAAGUUUGCAUAUCAAUUUCUGCUAUCGCCUGGACCGCCGCUCUUGUUUGCCUCAUUAUUAUUGCUUGGCCAAAAAGUGACUGGCUUUGGCUUAUUGAUGUAUUCAAUUCAAUACAAGUUGGCAUGACAGCAAUCAAGUACAUUCCUCAGGCCAUCAUGAAUUUCAGGCGGAAGAGUACAAUUGGUUGGAGCGUUGGCAAUAUUUUACUUGAUCUCACAGGAGGCGUGCUGAAUUUUUGUCAGAUGGGUGUUCAAUCUAUAGAUCAACAUACAUUAGUAAAUUUCUAUGGAAACAUUGGGAAAACCCUUCUUUCAUUGGAGACGGUUUUCUUUGAUGUCCUAUUCAUUAUCCAACACUAUGUGCUGUACCCUGUCAAAAAGGACGAGCAUGGUAAGGCAAUCAUUUCUGAAAGGGUAGCCCCUCUUAUCAGGCCUUCCGACAAGCCUGAAGAAGAUAAUGUAUGA